CUCGGCGAGUGAACGGCUCCAAUAUACUGGAAUAAACAUCUUAUCCAUAACGGUCUGUCAAACAGGACACUUGUUUUGGUGAUGUACGACAUACGAGCUCCGUAAAAACUCUAACGGUCGACGCUGUGAAGAUUUUAAUAGACGCUCAAGGCGUUGACAGCUCAGGAUCUUUAUCCUAUCACCGCUCCUCGUUUCACCGGCAUCUAACUCUAACAUUGAGGUUACGUCGAAAACAAACGUAGCUAGCUCAGCUAAUUUACCAAGUGGAAUAAGUGAGUAGACCCAUUUUCAUCUCAAGUCAACUUCAAGUGUGUGUUGGUGGUUGAAAGGCCACCAACACGUAGAAGUUAACCGGCAGCUGGUAGUUUUGCUCUCUGUACCGGCUGGAAUGGAGGGACAUAUGACGUGGUAGCGCUCGGCAUACAGCAGUGGCCUGUCGUCUCUUUGGCUUGGCUCUCAGCCGGUUGACACUGUAGCUAGAAGAGUACUAAACAGGUCUCCGAUGCACCAGCAGGAUUCGCUGAUGCCUCCCUUGUUCAGUGAUGUAUUGUGCCAGUGCCGGUCCGCCGAGACCCACCCAGGUGUCGACCCGGGUGGCGGAUGCGGACACGCCGAGGACCCCUCCUCAGCCUCCCCAUCUGAACCGGUCACCAGACAGCCCGUGGCCGGUGACUGGCGCACGGACCCCGGCCGGUCAGCGCAUCCAUGUGACAUCUGUGGAGGACCUGAGCAGGAGCACAGACUGAAAGUGCUGUUCCAAGUCCUGGAUGUGAACGGUGAUGGGGGCAUUUGUGUCAAUGACCUGACCAUUGGCUUGAAGAAAUUAGGGGUCCAUCGCACUGAACAUGAGCUCAUGAAAAUAGUGAAAGCAGGAGACAAAGACCUGGACGGACAGUUAGACUUUGAGGAGUUUGUUCAUUAUCUCAGAGACCAUGAGAAGAAACUCCGGCUGGUCUUCAAGAGUCUGGACAAGAAGAACGAUGGGCGGAUAGACUCACAAGAAAUCAUGCAGUCUCUGCGCGACCUGGGAGUGAACAUCUCUGAGGAACAGGCUGAUAAGAUUCUCAAGAGCAUGGAUAAAAAUGGCACGAUGACAAUUGACUGGAAUGAGUGGCGGGAUUACCACCUCCUGCAUCCAGCAGACAACAUUCCUGAGAUCAUCCUGCACUGGAAACAUUCCACGAUCUUUGAUGUUGGGGAGAGUUUGUUGGUGCCUGAUGAGUUCACGGCAGAAGAAAAGAAAACUGGAAUGUGGUGGCGACACCUGGUGGCCGGAGGAGGAGCUGGUGCUGUGUCUCGAACAUGCACAGCACCUCUGGACAGGCUCAAAGUUCUCAUGCAGGUUCACGCCUCCAAGAGCAACAGCAUGCGCAUCGCUGGGGGCUUCGGCCAGAUGAUCCGAGAGGGUGGUGUGAGGUCACUGUGGCGAGGCAACGGUAUUAACGUCAUCAAAAUUGCACCUGAGUCUGCUAUUAAGUUCAUGGCCUAUGAACAGAUUAAACGAUUAAUUGGAAGCAACCAGGAGACGCUGGGCAUCGCAGAGAGACUGGUGGCAGGCUCUCUAGCUGGAGCGAUCGCUCAGAGUAGCAUCUACCCCAUGGAGGUCCUGAAGACACGGUUAGCUCUGCGGAAGACAGGCCAGUACUCAGGCAUCUUGGAUUGUGCCAAGCAUAUUUUUCGGAAGGAGGGCGUGGCUGCUUUCUACAAGGGCUAUAUCCCCAACAUGCUGGGCAUCAUCCCCUAUGCUGGCAUCGAUCUGGCUGUCUAUGAGACUCUGAAGAAUUCCUGGCUGCAGCGCUUCGCCAUAGACAGUGCUGAUCCAGGAGUGUUUGUGCUCCUGGCUUGUGGCACCACCUCCAGCACCUGUGGCCAGCUGUCCAGCUACCCACUCGCCCUGGUCAGGACUCGAAUGCAGGCACAAGCCACCCUGGAAGGAGGCCCUCAGAUGAGCAUGACAGGCCUGUUCAGACACAUCGUUAGGACUGAGGGGCCCAUGGGACUCUACAGAGGCCUUGCACCCAACUUCAUGAAGGUCAUUCCAUCUGUCAGCAUCAGCUACGUGGUCUAUGAGUACCUCAAAGUGACGCUGGGGGUCCAGUCAAGGUGAAGAGGGCGGCAGAGAGAAGAGAUAAAGGCGCCAAAGGUUUUUUGCUUUUCUUUUGAGCUGAAGAUUGACUGAGUUUGGCUCUAAGGUACAUGCAACUGGCAUAAUAAUAAAUUCAUAAUAUUUAAAUCAAGUAAUCAAAUUCCAGGACUUAAAAGAUAAACUUGUGAUGAUGUGAAUGAAGACGAAUGUAAACUUGAAAGCAUCGAGGCUGAUGAAGACUUUCUAAAUGCUGGAACACUUUAUUGAAGAAGUCUGUUAUCUGCUCUUAUUUAAAUCUUUCGUUUAGCAUCAACACCUGUUGAUCUUUGCUUAGGAGGAUGCAAGUUUACAUUCAGUUCAUUUAAGUGGUGUAUUGGUGUACCAGUAGAAUGUAUCUGCUUGUUUUGGGCACUGACAUCGAUGUGGCAGGAGCAGUUCUGCUGGAAAAGAAGCUUUGUCUUGAAGGGCUUUGCUAAGGCAUAUCACAAAGCAUUUCCCAUGUCUUCCUAAUGGAAGACUUGAUAACUAUUGGUCAUCAAAAGUACACUGCACAAAACCGAUGUAGAUAGAACCUCUGCAUGUAAUAUGCUCCUUAACGUUGAUCUAGAUGGGACCCACAGCUUUGCUCUGUGUAAUAAGGUGAUCAAUGGUAAAACAAGGCCGAAUUAAGUCAUGAAAUUAGUGAAAAUAUAUUCAACUGCAGCUACUUUUUUAUAUCUGUAAACAUUAUUGAGGAUUGAGAAACUUGGAGCUUUAUUUGUUUGAUGGUACAUGGUAAGUGGACUGUAUAUAUAUGCAGUGCUUUUCUAGUCUUAACGACCAGUAUGUUCACUCUGCCCAAAGGUUCGGCCUUCCCAUCAUCGGCUCUCCAAACCCCCUCAGGCCUUUCCACAGUUUACAUGACAUUGCCUAAACAAAGGGAUGAAUCCUGUAAUGUGACUCACCCCUUUCCCCCAGUGCCACCCUUAUGUUUUUCACCCCACUUCUGUAAGGAUCUGUUGUUUGUACCAUUCUACACUUCUGUACUGUGGGGUGUAAGAAACAUUGGCAAAGUUUUGAAGAGCAGCUGAAAGGGCUUGCUUUGUGUUGGGUUGAACAUCAUAGUUUUCAUUUGAAAUGUAAAGCUGAAGAUUAAGUCAAACCAGCUGACAUAAUGCACUUUGAUGUCCUCACUGCUAGGAUUGGGUCAGUUUGGGGAUUUGCUGUUCCAGAGUUCCAGCUUCAACCAGUUUGAUUUUAUGGACACUAAUUCAAGUGUUUGUCAUUCUAGAAAUAUUGUAGCAAACCACACAGAGACAAGAAGAAGAUGUAAAUGUUGUUAACCUUAUCCAACACAGGCUACAUGAUCUGUCGGAAAAUACAUCUGUUCAAUUCAAUUUUAAGUAUUUAGUACGUAUUGCCAAACCACAACAGAAGUUGUCUCUUUCCAUCUACAGCAGGUCAGGACCACACUCUUAAUCUACAGAGACACAACAGCUCUCCCAUAAGGAAGCACUUCUGUGAUCAACAAAUGUAAAAGCUGCUUACUUAUGGUUGACACUACAAACCAGCACAAAACUGACAUUUACCAGCAUUAACCGCCAUCUUUUGGAACAUGAAACAGCAAAUAACUUCCAUUUGUCCAGCACGAGGCAUGCAUUAUGAGAAAUGAAGUGUUAUGGAAAACACAGUAACUUGCAGGUUUGACACUUGAAAUUUUGAUUUUGAACCCAUUUUGACAUUUUCUCAAGUUGCACUAAGCCAAAGUCUUAUUUAAUCCAUUAUUUUGAUGUUGAAUAAAACCCCACUCAGUUGUCCUGGUUGUGGUGGUGCUACACUCUCAUUCAUGGGCUCCCACCACCUAGUGGUAAAAUUUGACAUUCCCGCUCCGGUUUGGUCUUUGGCUCAAUAUAUCAAUUGUUUUUUUCUAUUGGCCAUAUUUGAUGCAAAUGUGCACAGCAGUGAGGAGGAUAAUGGCACCUUGAAUGUCUUUUUGUCACCAGCGAUUCACUCGAGUCAGCUGCUUUAAAGACAUUCAGUUACGUUCAGUCUGUUGCUGUAGAGAGUGAAGUGUGACCACAAACAGGAAACUACUAACGUGUCCCCUGGUGGGUUCAAUGUGUUUAUGCUUCUUAUUUUAGUGCUGUGAUAAAACCGCUGAAAAUAACAGUAGCACGUUAUUAUAAAGGUUAUAAGCAUUAGCUUGCUUCUGAAUAGAUAUCAUUUCUAAUGUUCCCCUUCCACAGAUUUAACAUGAGCCACCAGGUAAAAAUAGACUUUGUGACAAGGAUUUAAAGGUUAAAUUGCUGUCAGUAUUUUUUGUUGUUGGGAAUCUCAAAGGAGUAUUUAUAACUGGCUUGUCAGCUCAAGACACUUUCCAUUCUUGUACAAUGUAAAUAAACACUCCUUUAAGUCACAGAGCAGGACAUCCAAGCAGAGACGUCUGAUACCUGUGUCAGAUGAUCACAGAUUCCCUCGAGUGCCUUGUGUGCCCAUCCUCUCUUAUGUAAAUGUACCUAAACACGAGAAGAGGUGGAGUCUGUGGAGCAUUGAAUGCACUUUAAGGUACUCUGCUUUAAUUCCUGAUGUUUAUUUAUUACUCUAUUUAUUUAUUUUUACAAAAAUAGGAUGAAUGGUUCAAUUUGUGUUCUGUUGAUUAUGCUGAAUAUGUAAUAUUGAAAUGGGUUUUUGGUUUUAGAUUAGUCUGUGGUCUUGGUGAAAAACUGAGGCUCAUGGUUUGUUUUUGGGUGAUAAGAGUGACUGAUGUGGUUUAAAAUGAAAAGCCUCAAAGAUAUGGAACUCCAAAGUGUUUAAUACUAAAUAAUCAUGAUUAUAUUGUGUUAAAUAUAUUAAGGAACCAAUAAUUAGUGAAAUACUUGCAGAAAAUUCUGAACUCAUUCAUAUGAAAGGUUUUGUCAUCGUUCAUUUUUUGUUGGAUAUUGUUUUUAUUUAAUUAUAGAUAUUUUUAUUUCAAAUGCUCCUUUUCAAAACUGUUUUUAUGUCAUGUCAAGUUUUAUUACCUAAUGUUGCUUUUCAGAAUGACACAUUUCAUUUCCUAACGUCACUUUUCAUGACAGCGGUGUUGUCACCGCUGAGCUUAAGAGGCAAAGAGGCAUGUGAUUGGCUGAAAGGUGGAGGGGACGGUGAGAACACCACAAUCAUGAAACAGUGAUAAAAAUUACAAACAAACGGCCAAUUUGAAAUAAAGAGAGGGGGUUGGAAAUGAAAAGUUCUAAUACAUAAAAAUGAAAUUGUAUAAAACUGAGUUCAAUUUUUUAAAAUGUAAUUAUUUAACACUUUUUUCUUUACAAAUAUUUUGCCUAAUUUAUGUUCCUAUUCAUCGUAGAAUAAUUUAUUGAUUUGCUGUUGAACACUUUGGGCUCGAUACAGAAAUCCUGCAGAUGACACACAUUCUGAGCAGAGAGAGAUUCAAUCGAAACAGAUCUCAUCAUACUGAAUCACGUCUGUGUCGUGGAACGUACUGUAAUGUGAGGAGGAGUGUAUUCAUAAAAGAGCAGCCCCCCCCCCACUCUGCUGAUCACACCGACGUGCUGUACAAUCUGUAUGCGUCUCUGGUCCCACUGCAGUGUCACAUGUUGGACUCUCUGCUUGUGACCUUCAGAAAGCUGCUUUUGUCAGCUGCCUUAAGCACCAUGUCUGCUUUUGAAAUCACACUGUGUCUUUGUAGCAGGUGGAGAAGAGAUGAUGGGCUUACCUUUGCUCAUCUGAUCGUUGAUCCUUACAGGUUUGGAAGGUAAUGUCUCAGUCCAUCUCUCUUUGCUCCUAUUUCUUUUUGGCUCAGCAACUGUUUAUCUAACCCUUCAUUGUGAUAUCAUUUUUGCAUAAUUUGGUGACGUGGAAUGAUGUCACUAUGUGGCUGUAUGUAAAUGUUUUCCAUAUUUUGUCCAGUGAAAAAUUAUGCUCCAAUGUCUUAAAUGUAGCCCAGACUGUAUGGUGUAUGGACCAGCAGGCAGUUGAAAUGCACACUAACUACUACACUAUACAAACUGAAGGCUACAGUGUAUAUUGGUAAAUGGUGGCAUAGUUUAUGAAGUAUAUUCAGUAUAUAUGUUUGGAUUUUAUUAUGCUACCUGUAUGUGACAGAUGCCAGAAUGAGUAUGUGAGUUCUUAUACAAUAGUUGUUUGUUUGUAGAUGCAUCCAUUGAAAGAAUGCUGCGGUGUUAUGCUUGAAUAUCUCAGCUGUUAAAUAAACUAGUUCAGCAGUG